AUGGCGGCCCCUAAGUCCUCCGACCGUGGCAACAAUAGCAAAACGCCCGUGACAAUUAUUACUGGCUUUCUAGGUGCUGGCAAGACCACCUUAUUAAACUACAUUUUAAAGGAAAAAGGGAGCCGCAGCAUCGCAGUGAUUGAGAACGAAUUUGGGGAGGUUAACAUCGACACGGAGCUGGUCGCCGACAACUUAUUAGCAAAGGAGGACCUUGUCUCAUUGGAGAAUGGCUGUGUCUGCUGCUCGCUGCGGAAGGAUAUAGUUAAGGCCUUUGCCGAAAUUGAGCGGCGGAGCAGGCAGCAGGCAAAGCGCGUCGACGCAAUCGUGCUGGAGACCACUGGUUUGGCAGACCCGGCGCCAGUGGCUUUCACUUUUUUUGCCAAUCCGUGGCUGGCGUCGCGAUACCGGCUGGACAGUAUCAUCUGCGUUGUGGAUGCACGGUAUCUGAUGCAGCAUUUGGAGGAUGGUCAGCAUUCAGAUGGAACCGUGAACGAGGCAGUGCAGCAGAUCGCCUUCGCGGACCUAAUUUUGUUGAACAAAGUGGAUUUGGUUAAAGACGAGGUGGCCAAGAAGCAGGUCCUGAGCGCCAUAAAAAGUCUGAAUAACUCAGCACGUGUAAUUGAAUGCCAGCUAAAUCAGGACACGGGGCGGCCUCCUAUGGACCUCCUCCUCUUCAAUAACCUUUUCUCGGUGAACCGCGUCCUGGAGCAAAUCGACCCCCAGUUCCUGGAUUCGGAUUCGGACUCGGACACGGGCGACGAUGCGGAGCUUUCUUUCCCGCACCCAGCGCAGCAGCAGCAGCAGCGAACAGGCGAUCUCGAUCCCGGGCAAGCGAGCCACGCUGCCUCGACCUCUGCAGCAGCGGCUGAGGGGAUCAUCGGCAGCAGUGAUCCGGCGACAAUAAUUGGCGGGGACGGGGACGGGAACGAUGUCGGGACGGCCACGGCAGCAGCGGUUCCUGGAGCUCCAUUUGUUAGGGGGGAGGACGGUGCGAUGCCUGGAAGGGAUGCAGCCGCACGCAGCAGCGGCCUGACGGGGACCAGCACCGAUAAGCCAAUGUCUGCUGCCGCCAGCCUAUUGCGAAAGUAUGGGGUUCAUGGACCACAUCUGUCAGGGCGCAAGCAUAGCCGGGAGCCGCACGAUUGCGAGGACAACUGCGAAGAGUGCCAUAUCGUGGAUGGCAUGCCUAUUAAGGGCGACCGCAACCCCAAGCGGCGAGCGAAGAGGCUCCACGACCUCUCUGACGUGAGCUCUGUGGGCAUCAUGGCUCGCGGUCCCCUUGACGAGUACCGCUUCAAUAUGUACAUGAAGGACUUGCUUUCUGAGAAGGCGAAGGACAUCUUUCGGUGCAAGGGCGUGUUGAGCGUACACGGCCUGGCCUGGGAUUGGAACUGGGGCCUGCGACGACGACCGUGGGGAUCGCAAUCCAUGCUAGAAGGCAAAAGGAGGUGCAUGGGAUACGGAAACACCAAGUUUGUGUUCCAGGGCGUGCAUGAAACGAUUUGCUACGGGCCGGCGGAGCAGCCGUGGAAGCCGGAGGAGCCGCGAAUCAACCAGGUGGUCUUUAUCGGCCGUGGGCUGGACAGGAAGGCUCUUAUCGAGGGCUUUCGCACGUGUGUCUGGGUUCCGCUGCCCGACGGCUGGGACGAAUUUCGAGAUGACAAGACAAAGCAGCCGUUCUACAUGCACCGCCAAACCGGCGAGAAGUCUUGGACGCGGCCAGAGAUUGCGUGUGCGCGUGUGGUGGCGACGCAGGGCGUUACGCAACAGCCCUCGCAGCUCUUACCCAAGCGUCAACCGUCUCAACUGUCGACGCAGCCGUCGCAGCCGGCGGUCUCGGUGGUGCCGGGGACGGUGCAUCUGACAUCUCCUGCCGGCCAGUCGGCUCAGCAGGGCGACACGGCGUGGGUUUUAUUACUCUGUAAUGCCACUCGCGCGGAUGCUGAGUGGCUUAUAUGAAAUGCAUUGACUCGGGCACCGCUUUUGGCUGUGCGGUGGUGUCUGUGACUGGGGUGCCGUUCGCGUUCUUUGAAGCUGGUGUUUAGCGCGGCGCCUUGUUGGGGCGGUUUGGAAAGACUAGGGCGACGAGGGGAAUUAGUCCUGGCGCUGGGAACGGUUACAUGUUGUGUUAAGGUGUGCGGAGUGUAGUCCGCCGCAUUGUGUAAUGGUGGUGGUUUUGUGAUAUUUUCGGAGAACCUCUCACCCUGUGUUGCUUCACCCUUGAUGUGUGUGUGUGUCUCUGUUUUGGCGCGUUGCGAUAAUUACCACUUAAGGCGGAUCUUGGCGUGUCGGGACUGCAUCUUCACCCGGGUGGUCGCGUGUGGUGGCGCUC